AUGACGCGACGCAUUGUCCGUACCCUGAGCCAGCUCAGCGCUGCCGCCCUCUUCACAUUCCUCGUCGUUUUCUUCCUCGAUCGCAACUUUCGAGUCCUCCCGAAUGCGCUCCACGAGUACAUGCCCCAGCACCACCCCGGCCUUGUCAUCACCGACGUCGUCAUCACGAAGUGCUCUACCGUGAACGUCUUCUCCUCCUGCAAGCUGGACCCGGAGAAAUGGCACCGCAUCGAGAAGGAUCUGUACCUGGGCAAGGGAUGGGUCUCGAGCGCAUACGUCCACCUGAGGAGGCAGAAGGAGGAGGAGCUCACAACCGACGACAAGGUCGUCAUGAACAUCUUCGUUGGACGGAACGAUCCCACCGACACGGAGAAAGGAAAGGCCAACCAGAAGUGGGAGUCGCGUGAGUCGGGCCUAUGGAUCCAGCGCUCUUCCAAGCUCCACGCCAGCGAUUCGAGCCAAGCUGUGACGUCCAUCGACGUGCUCUUUGGUGACGAUGCCGUGGAAGCUCGAGACGGUUGGCGAGUCGUCGGUACGCCUUUGCUGCUGGACACGAAUCCAACCAUCCCAGCGGCGCACAUUACCAUUCACAGAGGGUCCAUAGCCGAACCCCACAAGCCCCAGCCACGAGUACGAGACAACGGGAAGUUCAAGAUUAUGCAGUUGGCCGAUCUCCAUCUAAGCACAGGAGUUGGUCACUGCCGCGAAGCUGUGCCCGACGAGUACAACGGAGGCAAAUGCGAGGCUGAUCCUAGGACUCUGGAUUUUGUCACAAAGCUCCUGGAUGAAGAGAAACCGGACCUGGUUGUUCUCAGUGGUGACCAGGUCAACGGUGAUACUGCCCCAGAUGCCCAAUCGGCAAUCUAUAAAUACGCACAUUUGCUUAUCGAACAUAAAAUCCCCUACGUAUCGAUCUUUGGCAAUCACGACGACGAAGGUGCUGCUCUGUCCAGGGCCGCACAAAUGGCCAUCAUCGAAGCGCUUCCUUACUCCCUAUCCAGAGCAGGGCCGGACGACAUCGACGGCGUUGGCAAUUACUACGUCGAAGUGCUAGCACCGGGGAAGUCAUCGCAUUCUGCCCUCACCAUCUACCUACUGGAUUCGCACUCUUACUCGCCAGACGAGCGCCAGUGGCAGGGCUACGAUUGGAUCAAGCCAAACCAAAUAGAGUGGUUCAAACAGACCUCGUCGGGGCUGAGAAAGAAGCACAAGCAAUACACCCAUAUCCAUAUGGAUGUCUCCUUCAUACACAUUCCAUUGCCUGAAUAUACUGACGUCGAAGCCUUCCGCGUUGGCGAAUGGAGAGAGGGCGUAACAGCACCUGUGUAUAACUCGGGAUUCCGAGAUGCCUUGGUAGAACAGGGUAUCGUCAUGCUCAGCUGCGGACACGAUCAUGCCAACGAAUACUGCACGCUAUCUACGGACGAGGGAGAGACCCCCGAGGAGAAGAAGCCAAGGCUGUGGAUGUGCUAUGGCGGUGGGGCUGGCUUUGGCGGCUAUGGUGGUUAUGGCGACUUCAUCCGGCGCGUGCGCUUCUUCGACUUCGACAUGAACGUGGGACGAAUCACGACGUAUAAGCGGAUGGAGUACAACUUGACCGAUAUCCGGAUUGACGAACAGGUCAUUGUAGAUGGAGGAGUUGUCCUGGCCCCGACCAUCGAGGAACAACAGGCUGCUAUGUCAGACGACGAACCGCCGCCACAAUAA